AUGACCACAGAGAGUUUUGCAGAGUUCCUGAACAAGCUCAAGGAAAUCCAUGAGAAAGAGGUCCAAGGUCUGCACAGCAAGCUGACAGAGCUGACGACGGAGAAGUGCCGCGAUGCUCAGAGAAUUGAAGAGCUGUUUGCUAAAAAUCACCAAUUGAGAGAACAACAAAAGGUCCUUAAAGAAAAUGUAAAGGUGUUAGAAAACAGACUGCGAGCAGGUCUCUGUGACAGAUGCAUGGUCACCCAGGAGCUGGCCAAAAAGAAGCAGAAUGAGUAUGAGACCUCCCAUUUCCAGAGCCUGCAGCACAUCUUCAUCCUCUCUAAUGAGACAAAUCGCCUGAGGGAAGAGAACAAAACUCUCAAGGAAGAACUGAAGAAGCUCCGGAGCCUGGAGGACAGGGCAAAGAACCCAGGAGUCACCUCCAGAGAAAGCAGCUCCACGCCAAGCUCCCCAUUGCCUUUACUGUCCCCGAUGAGCAGAAAUGUUGGCAGUGAGAAAGGAGCUCACAGGGAAGCAGAAGAAGCCCACCAUGAUGUGGCAGACCUUGAACUGGGAGAAGAAAAGCCUGCAGCACAGAAAAGCUCUCCAAGCAGCAGGACUUCCCCAGGCACUGUCCUCCAAGAAGUCAGCCUUGCAGAAAUGGCAUCCCAGAGGAUUUCCAACCAGCUGCAUGGAACCAUUGCCCUGGUGAGACCUGGUUCCAGGCCCUGUCUUCUGGAAAAAAGUCCUUCAGGGACAGCAGUGUCCCCACCAGCGAGGAAGACUCCUCUCCCUCCGGAGCGCGAGCACAGCCCCAGCCUUGAGGCUUAUUUAACAGCAAGCAAACUUGACUCCCCCAAGGCUGCUCCAUCCUACGAAAACCUCAAACUGACCACCCGGAGAGAGCAGCUCUGCCUCCUCCACAAGCACCUUUCCCUGCACCAGCUGGGGCUGGCGAGUCACUGCACCUCGGCUGAGCGGGAUGGCAGCAGCUUCUCCAGCCAUUUGCUCAGGACCAAAGAUGCCGAGGGCAGGACACGGUCACGCGACGGCUGGGAAGAUCAUGCAGCCUUGCUGAAGCUCCCUGCCACCAUGGUGUACGUGAGGGAUCAGCACCUGGAAGAAAAACUGCACCUCCUCAAGCACCGGGAGAGGCUGCAGCACCUCCUCAUGCAGCAGUGCCAGCCAGGCCAGCGGGCAGAGGGAGACACCAAGCUCACACCUGAGGAGCGGCCCCUCUCCCCGUGGCUGAGCAUCGCGGCGGGAUGCAAGGAGGAAAGGUCCUUCCUGGAGGAUGCCGCGGAUGCGAAGGAAGAGAAGGAGCUUUGGCUGAGCCGAGAUCGCCCCGAGCUCCGAGUAAAGGUGAAGGAGGCAAGGGAUGAUGAUGCAGACACGCCACUGGAUCUGUCAGACUCCGGCCGUGGCAGGGAAUCAGACUGGCACCACCGCCGGGAGCUGCGGGGGUGCGGCAGCCCCGGGGAGAGCCCCGCUGAGCUGACAGCCCGCGGCCCUAGCGGGAGACACAGGGCACAGCGGGACGACCUGCGCUACCCCUACCACUGGCCCAGUGCCACCCGGGCACUGCCUGGUGCUGCCAAGCAGGAAGAGGAGGAGGAAGAGGAUGCAGCUGUGCUCACGCUCUCACGGGCACAUCUGACAAACAGCUCCACACCGAGCAACCCGGAGGCCCUUCCUGAAUCUGGGGUGAGACGGGAUGUGAGUGCACAGAAGGGAGAACCAGAUGACAAUGAUGCUGAGUCUGGGAAGCAGGAAUCCGAUGAGCCAGACACAACGGACAGCGAGGGGGCUGCCCCAUAUGAAGACGAGAUCCUACAAGAAGCCGAGGCUGAUGGGAAAUACUUUUGCACCAAAGACAAAGCUCAUGUGCAACAGAAGAGAAAAAGAGGACAGGAACUUUGGCCGAAAGGAGCUAAGAAGUCAAUGAGAGGAAGAAAGAAAAUCAAAGUGGAGCAAUGCUCAGUGGGGAUCACAAAGGAACUGGAGAAUUGCUCUGCUUCCCACAACGAUACCUCUGAGGAGAGUUAACAGCAGGGCAGGAUGAAGCGACACGGAGGGCUCGGAGGCCUCAGCAUCCCACCCACACUGGGAGUGAAUCCGUCUGUCAUGCUGGGCCUGGCAGUGGGGAAUUCAUAAGGACCCACUAAUGGGUAGAGCACUCAGAAACUCCUCACUCAGUGCUCCAGGAAAGGCUAGGCAAGGAAGAGCCAUGCAGGUGAUCCCCAGAGCAGACAGGUCACUGCUGGUGGAGCAGCACAUUCAGCAACCCCAGGUCUGCACUGGAGCAGACCCUCAGACUGGUGCUAAGAAGAGGAAACAUCUCUUUGCAGCACUCACCCUGGAUCAGAACAAUGAUUCUUCCCUGGGAUUUCAUGCUUGGAGA